CGACAUGUAAUAAAUCCGACUACCAUUUUUCGGUGUCAAUGCUAGGGACGUUCGCAGUUUUGUAAUCACGUUUGUCAUCUAAUAAAAUUCUCCUACGACAUGCGAUUGAGUAUUUGUAAGCAUUUUAGCACAUCGUGGCUGUUUAUUUUAUGCCACUUCCCAAACAAGGAAGCUUGUCAAUAUCUCCUAGUAUCAUAGAGGUUUAUCAUAAAGUAUCAUCAAUUUUUGCUGAUGGUUAUAAUUACGAUGGAGGUCUAUCAUCUUGGAAUGUAAAUCCAAAGUGUGGAGGACAAAUUUCUAAACAAUCGAAACCAAGAAUAUCAGAACAACUCGGCGAACGUGAAAUUCGACCAGUGCAAGAUUUCGAACAGCUUAGAAAGCUUAUGGUUGCUAGAAAGGCCUUUCUUAAUAAACUUAAAGAUGAAGGGAUGGAUCUGUUAGCUUUCAUAAGUCCGGGAAUAGUCGACGACAAACCUGCAAUUAUUGUUGUGUUUCCUGAUGAAACGUUACAAAUCUGUCUACCGGCCAACGUUUGA